GCGGCGGCGUUGGAGGCUGCGCGGGGCGCGGAGCGGGCGGGAGCGCGAGGCCGGCGGCGGUGGGAGAGCGGCCCGGGCGGCCUGGGAGCCGGGCCUCGCAGCACCGAGCGGCCACCGGAGCCGCUGCAGGAGAUUCUCAGCCUGGUCUGUGAGAUGAUGGGAUUGGGAAACGGGCGUCGGAGCAUGAAGUCGCCGCCCCUCGUGCUGGCUGCCCUGGUGGCCUGUAUCAUUGUCCUGGGCUUCAACUACUGGAUUGCGAGCUCCCGGAGCGUGGAUCUCCAGACGCGCAUCGUGGAGCUGGAAGGCAGGGUCCGCAGGGCGGCAGCAGAGCGAGGGGCCGUGGAGAUGAAAAAGAACGAGUUCCAGGGGGAGCUGGAAAAGCAGCGGGAACAGCUGGACAAAAUUCAGUCCAGCCACAACUUUCAGAUGGAGAGCGUCAACAAGUUAUACCAGGAUGAAAAGGCAGUUUUAGUGAAUAACAUCACCACCAGCGAGAGGCUCAUCAGAACCUUGCAAGACCAGUUAAAGGCCCUGCAGAAGAAUUACGGCAGGCUGCAGCAGGAUGUCCUUCAGUUUCAGAAGAACCAGACCAACCUGGAGAGGAAGUUCUCCUACGACCUGAACCAGUGCAUCAAUCAGAUGAAAGAGGUGAAGGAGCAGUGUGAAGAGCGAAUAGAAGAAGUCACCAAAAAGGGAAACGAGGCUGUAGCUUCCAGAGACCUGAGUGAACAAAAGGACCAAAGCCAGCAGCUCCAAGCCCCCAGUGAGCCCCAGCCCAGGCCGCAGGAAGCAGGCCUGCCCCAGGCAGAGGUGCCACAAGCAAGAGGGAACAUGCCCAGCAACAGCGAGCCCCAGACACCAGUCCCCAGUUCUGAGGCGGCUUUGGAUUUGAAGAAACAAGGCGAGAAAGAGGGAACCAAGGAGAUUCAGGUCGUCAGCAAGGAGGAGCUUCAGAGGGAUGGCCUGGGGCUGUCGAAGGAGCCGGGGCGAGAGCAGAAUGCGGAAGAAGACAGACGUGUGGGCGGAAAAGGCCGUGGAGAACCCGGAGAACUGGGCCAAACCCCACAGGUGCCAGCUGCCCUGUUGGCAAGCCAGGAGAAUCAGGAGAUGGAGAGCCCUGAGCGGGACCAGCUCGUCAUCCCCGACGGGCAAGAGGAGGAGCGGGAUGCCGACGAGGAAGGGAGAAACCAGCAAAAACUGGGAGCAGAAGAUGACUACAACAUGGAUGAAAACGAGGCAGAAUCUGAAACAGACAAGCAGGCAGCCCUCGCGGGGAAUGACAGAAACGGAAAUGGUAUUUCAUGAGAAGAUCAACACCAGCAAUAGAACACAGGUUCUCCUUCAAGUACGGCAGCAGUAGUUCUACUGUGGAAGUAACUUCUGACGUGAAGGAGGCCCACCGCACUUGCAGAGCUCCUUGUCCUCGGUCCCCUCUGGAGUCAUUCUCUUCUCCACGUGCUGUGCUGAGUGACGGGUACCAGCCCCUGUUAUUUCUCCUCGGUGGGCACUGAAUGAUUUUUGGUUUGUCUUCUUGUACCCACCUCUGGUUCUGACAGUCAGUGGCCUAGAGCACUGAGUGUUAACACAAACAUCACUAGCAACAGUGUUAAACAAGUCUAAACACAAAGGUGUUCUGUGCGAUAAUUUUUUAAGAUUACUUGUAUAAUAACCCUUGUCAUUAAUGUACAAAAUGCUUUUAAGUGACUUGUAAUUUGAAUACUUGUGAUGUAUACUUGCUUUGCUUAAUAUGUGUGGGCAAAGCAAAAUCUUGUGUAACAAGCCCUUAGACUUCUGUGGAUUAGACUUUUGACACAGCAGGGGCCAGAGCAGAGCUGACCCUGGCUGCCUGCGGCAGAACAGUGAGGGCAGCACAGUACUGUGGGGAGAACCGCCUACUUCGCUACUAGAAGAGAAGAAGAGAAAGUUAAUGUUGAAGGAUAUACAUACAUCAUUACAGAUUAGAAAGUCAAGAGAAAUGCAGUAGUUGUUUGUGUCAGUUUACAUUUAGCAUGUGGUAAAGGACUAUCACAAAACUGAUUUAAAAAUCAAAAGUUAAUCUGAAAACGACUAAUCAUAAUUUACAUUAAUAGUGAUGUCAGGUUUGACUCGAGUUGGUUCUUAACAUUUUAAGGUAAAUAGGCUCUUGCCGGGCUUGUGAAUGACUGGCAAAGUCACACUAAUGACCUUUAGUGAGGCUCUCUAAAGGGUAGGUGGGUGGUGAUGCUUAUUAAAAUACAUUUUGAGUCAUGGGAUUUGAGAUGCAGGGGCCUCAGGUCAUUGGACGUAACUAACUCCCUUGUUUACAGAGAAGAAACUGGGGCCCGGAGGAGUUCUGAAGCUUCUCCAGGCCAGCAGCCCGUGAGCUGGAGUGCCUGCGUCCCGGCCAGCUGUGAACUCCAGGUGCCACUGGCAGUCACCGAGGGCAGGUCCUGGUUUGCAUUCAGGUUAAGAUGUCCAACUCGAAUGCUGUGUGAUAUUCUCCUACCUAAUCACUAAGAUUAAACUUUCUACCCAGAAAAGGCAACUGAAGCAGGGUAUGAAAGUAGCUUUAUAAAUCUAAGUCCUUGUCCAGCCUCCCUCUGUGUCUUAGUCUUAGGGUUGAUAUUCUCUCUUGCUUAGCCUUUAUUCAUCAAAUGUUUAAUCAGUGUGCCUAGAGUUGCUGAGAAAUAAAACACUGUUAGUUCAACUUUUAAAACUGCUUUCAGUUUUCCCUUCAUCCCCUGUUGGAUCCCUAAGGAAUCAGCUUGUAAACUGUGGAUUAAGCAUGGUGGUUUGCCUUAUAAAUUCAACCUUUCGUGGAAUGAGAUGUCAUUGUAAAUUUAAAAAAUCAUGAUUUCAUCUCCUAUACAGAGGCACCAAAAGGCCAUUUGUUCAGGAGGUGUGUACUUUAGCUAUUUCUUCAAGCAGUCAUGCUUUAUUACUGUUGACUUCCCUUGGGAUCACAGACACCUCUUCCAAGGAAUAAUCUAGAGGUGUCACGGUUGUUUAAAAAACAAACAAAACCUGUGUAAUAAGCAUCAAAUAGAUAUCAGACCCCCAACCUUGGUCUUUUGGGUUCAUCCAAAAUUAAACCAGCAGGUAGUCCAGUUUUUAAUAGGUUUAUAUAAACUCUUUGAUUCACAACCCUCCUCUAUACUCUCAGAUGGUGAGCAGACAGGAGUGAUGAUUCAGUUGAUCUUUUUUCCUGCAGGUAGGACUAAAGCAAUUUUGGAUUAGAUUUCAUGAAUUAUCUUAAUUACCACACAACCAUUGUCUGUUAAGUCAGUGCUGUCAUUACAUAACUAGAUUGAUAACUAGCCUGAUAGUUUUAAUUGGUAAUAGGUGGCUAUCUAUUCAUAGUAGAACUUGGAAUGGUGAAAGAGAAGUGUGAUUUCAGGGUCCUUUAAGGUCCAGGGGGAAGUGGUCUAUUCCCACUAUGUAUUUUAGCUUAAAAGAUUAUUAUAAAUAAAUGAUAAUUUAUAGGACACUCAACAACUUCUAACACUUGUCUUUGAAAUAAGUUUGAAAACAAAUAUAUACAUUUUAAAGUUUCCAUUAACUGUGGGUUAUAUUAACAUUUUUCACAUAGUUAGCUUAGACUGAAAAUGUUCAUUAGUGUUAGAAAGUUGGGGAAAUGGCUUAUCUCGUGUAUUUAAAUGUUCGUGUGUUUGUGUACUAUUUCAGCUCAGAGGGCAACACUUAAAGUGUACUAACUAAGCCACUGUUCCGUAACAGCUGGUUUGUAAAAUUCUGGUAACAUAUACACGGAAGGAUUACACAGAAGUAGUUAUCUUAUCAUGCACUUUAAAAAAACAAACAAAGAAACAAAAAUACUAAACUAAAA